AUGGGGUCACAGAACCCCGGUGGAGGCACCAAGGACCCCGUUUGUAGCGCUGAUUCACCGAAACCAAUUAUCGAUCCUAAAUGCAAAAUCGCACUUGUGGUGGGCGGUUCCGAUGGGUUUGGCUUUGCGGCAGCGGAUCAUCUUUUGUGCAGAGGUGCAAGAAAUGUCGUGAUAGCGGACGAUGACCUCACGAGUGGCAAAAUGGCGGCACAAAGGCUCUGUGAUUCCCACGGAAAAAACCGCGUGCAAUAUGUCCACUGUCACAUACACAAUCACUGUCAAUUCGAAGCUGCUUUGAACCAAAUUAAGUGCAAGUACAGUGAUAUAAGCAUCGUUUUCAAUAAUCUUGAUAAAGAGUGGCCUUUGGUAUGCAACAGCAUGGGAAAGAAGGAGAAUAACACAGCCAAAGUGAUUCGAACAGAAAUGAAAACUUUAGGAAAGAAGGAUGGUGGUCCCGGCGGAAUAAUAGUUAAUUGUGCAAGUAUUUUUGGGUUCAUGGGCUGGCCCCAAGAGCCAUACCCUAUUUACUGUAAAAACGAACCUGCAAUAGAAGUCACCAUGGAUUUCGUGAAAGAAUCGAAAAUAGAAGAGACAGGAGUACGUUUGGUGACUCUCUGUCCGUCGAAUAAAUACUUUAGCGAGAUAGGGUUACCUGAUUUCCCGGAUCCCAUUCCCAACAAUCGAAUUUGUGAAUUGCCACCCUGUGUACCGUCCUCGAAACACCAGAUAGGUUCGGCUUUAAGCCAUGUACUAGCAUGGGCGCAGAAUGGAAGUGUUUGGUUGGUUGAACCAGCUAUCAGUGUCCACGAAACCCCUCGAUUGAUUCAUUUUCCCUUGAAGGAAGGCGAGAAGAUCGAUCCCAAAGUUUACGAGAUAGAAACUUGCAGCGUCAGAACAGCAUCGCCAUGCGUUGAACUCUCCCAAAUCAAUAGAUCGAAACGAUGCCCGCGAAUAAAGACCAAAGUCUGCGAGGCGAAGGAUAAAAAAAAGAAAUGA